AUGCAGCCAAAGCUCCCCCAAGGUCUUGUGGCUAUAUCAAGUGUGUCUCCCAGCGAGAUUUUGGAGCAGGAUACAUUAAGUAAUGGUACUUACAAGAACCUUUGGCAAGCCUACUCAACCUCCUACCUAGCCAGCAAAGAUGAAACCGAGUGUCGCCUAGAACAUCUCUUCUGGAGGAUAUGGGGUACUAAACGACUCUCGAGCCACAUAAAUUCCCAUACCCUAGAUCGUCUUAUCAUGCGUAUCAAGGCACCAGCAGUAUUAGUCGGGCAAAGGGUGACGGUCACACCGUUGCCUGAGACCGGCGACAAAGAAAAGGUAAACACAAGUUUGUUCCGCAUCGCACUAUGUCAACUUCAUAUUGACGAUUCAUGCAAGCCCAUCAAUAAGAAUCAGUCAGGCUGCGCUGCCGGAACCUGUUCUCCUCACCCAAUAUUGAAAAGGCCACAGCCUUCACAGAUUGAAACACAUAAAGCAACUCGAUUACUUCUUGAUACUCCUCUCGGCACAAAAAUAACACUCGACCCUUCCAACUCUCCAACCGCAAGUAUGGCUGAUGAGCCCACCACUAAUCCAGGCAACGUGGGCCAUCAGCGUCACAAGAAGACGAUGGAUGCCGAGUCUACUCUGAUGCCGGAGAAGGUUGGCAACCAAGGUCCCAAGAAGACAUCCAUGGCUGGUGACUCUACCGUUAUUCCAGAGAACGUAGGCCAGCAAGGUCCCAAGAAAACCUACCUUACUGCAACACGUACUGGACGAGGCCCACGCCGCCGCCCGGUGUUCAACCGCCGCAAGUCCUCUCAGACAUCCAUCCCGAAAACGGCACCUCCAAUCCGCCGGCGAUCUGAGCCCACCACCAAGGCCGAUGGGGCCAACACUGUCUACGAAGACAGCUAUGUAGAGCUGGGUCUAUUGCAGCAUCUCAGCUUCCGCGACGAGGAAGACCAGCUCGCGCGUGAUCUGGGACGUGAGAUUACGCCGGACCCUAAGCCCGCCAAACCAUCUGGCCCACUAUUCGACGACGAGUUUCUCGAUGAGCCUUCCGCUAUCGAGGCUGUGAAAGCAACACAAAAGACAUCUCCUGUUCCUUUUCCGCGAGCUUCUUCCCUUAGGCGUCCCAUGUUGAGCCCUGAGGACUUCUGCAAGAUCACGCCGUCAUUCAAUGUUAAGCAGAACCACCUCGACAUGCCUGGUGGACCGCAGCUUGCCUCUCCUGAUGAUAUUGAGGGGGACUGGACGGAUAUCGAUGCUCUAGAUUCGACACUUCCUAUCCUGCAACCUUUCAAGAACUUGGUCUCACACCAUGAGACUGUUGAUCCAAAUAUCCCGGCUGUACAGGCUACUAUUGCCCCCGUUGUCAAGGAGGCUUCCUUGCUAACAUCUGCGAUGAAGGGAGUGAAGUUAUGA